AUGGACGGCGCGGAUCUCCCCUCCCACUCCGCCGCCACGGCAGCCGACGGCGACCGGCCUCCGGAGAGCGCGGGCGACGGCGGCGUGGAGGACGAACCUGCCGCCGCGCCCCCUCCGGAGCGGUGCGAGGCGCUGGCCUCCGCGAUCGCGGGGGUGCUGGCCGGCGCGCUGCGGGAGCACGAGGAGCGAGCGGCCGCCACGGCCCGGAGCCAGGACGAGGUCGCCGCUGCUGUAGACCGCCUCAACGGAGAGCUAGACAGGCUAUUAGAGAAUGCACCCUCAAUGGUAAUAAUGCAACAUUCAGCAAGGAUUUCCAGUAUCCGCAAGAGGAUUUCAGCAAUGAACAUGCUACUCAAGUCCAUACAGCGACGCAUAGAUAACAUUGAUAGAAUUAUUUCUACUGAUCAUUCAUCUCCUGUACAGAAAGCCGGUAAUGAAGUUGGAUCAAGGUGCACCACUUAG